GUUGUUUCGUUCAAUCCCGCGUUUGUGAUUCCGCAGAGCUGAUCAAAGCUCUCAAUCACUUCUGUGGUCCAGCGCAUCUGUAUUCAACAUCCAUACCGUGUACAUCAACGACUGUCUUAUCUCCCUAGUUUUUGUUUUUCAAUAAACAUAGUGUUUUCUUUCUUUUUCUUUUGGAAUUCCAUGAUAUUGCACUAAGCUUUUAGUGACACUGACUUGUCGUCAUCGUUUUCGUGAGCCUCCCAAGCUUUUAGUGGUGUGGGUAUUUUUGAUCUCGUGCGCUUCACAGUGAUUGAACUUGAUGUCCGAAACUUUUGUGGCUCUCUCACAGCACAAGGGCUUCACGCAUAUAAAUCGAAUUUUGUUUUGGGCUCGGUGCUUCGUGAUAGUGGGAGACGUGCUGAAAUCCUCUUCGACUGGAGGAAACGAAAAGGGGAAUAAACGAAAAUGAUUAACGACGAUGACGAAGAUGCUCCGCUUGAAGACGUGUUCGAUUCGAACGAAGGUUGGCGAACGACGGACAUUCCAGUGGGUCGAUUAUUCUCUUUUUACGUUCGAAACACAACCAGUUACGUGGCCAACAAGUAUUAUACUAAUAUUGCGGAGAAUCAGCAACUUGAUGUUAUCGGCCCUGAAGAGUACGCCGAUGGGGGUUACCCUUCUUCGAAAUCUGUCAGCAUUCCGCCCGAAGUCGAAUGGCCCAGGGAUGCGGAAGAAGAUUUCUUUAUGGCAGAUGUAGCCGGAUUCAACGGAAGCUUUAGCAAUACAAACUUCAGUUAUCCCGGAAACAUGACGUUACAUCGCGAAGGCAAUUUUUCAUCGCCUUAUAUGAUGCCCUGGCCACAGAGGACAUCCUGGAUCGCCGUCUUUACGUUGUUAGUAGUUGUGGCUGCCGUGGGCAAUUCACUCGUCGUCUGGAUUGUUUUAGCCCAUAAAAGGAUGAAAACUGUAACAAACUACUUUCUGGUAAAUCUCAGCCUGGCCGAUUUAACAAUGACGCUCUUCAAUUGCAUCUUCAACUUUACCUUCAUGUUAAAUAAUCACUGGCCUUUUGGCGGAUUCUAUUGCACCGUCAACAACUUCGUCGCCAAUGUCACCGUGGCGGCUAGUGUUUUCACUUUGGUGGCUAUCUCAUUUGACCGCUACAUUGCAAUCGUCUACCCACUACGACCGAGGAUGAGCAAGAGCACUGCUCGCAUCGCCAUCAGCCUCAUUUGGUGCGCCAGUUGCGUCCUGGCCAUCCCUUGCCUUCUCUACUCUCAGACAAUUUCUCACAGUUAUCGAGGUGGUGAAAUUCGAAUCGUUUGCAUCAUCGUUUGGCCUGACGGUGUUCCCUCGGUUUCCCAACAAGAUUUCAUAUACAAUAUCGUUUUCACGGUGUCCACUUACCUCAUACCAGUGAUUGUAAUGGGUGCCUGUUAUUCACGCAUGGGCUACGUCUUAUGGCGGGGUAAAAGCAUUGGCGAACAGAAUCAACGUCAAGCAGAGUCUAUCCAAUCGAAACACAAGGUUGUGCGAAUGUUCAUGGUCGUGGUAACGCUAUUCGUCGUCUGCUGGUUACCUUAUCAUGGCUACUUCGUAUACCAAUUCAUCGACGACCAAGUCAUUUCCUACAAGCACGUCCAACACAUCUUUCUUUCAUUCUACUGGCUGGCGAUGAGUAACACCAUGAUCAAUCCUCUCGUCUAUUACUACAUGAACACCAGAUUUCGUGAACACUUUAGAUCGGCUUUGUGCUGCCGGGCACGCCCUUCAGCGCUCAAUUCUACGGCGUCUACGGCCGGAUCAGCCAUCAUCAUUACAAGAGCCGGCCAGAGAUCAACUCCAAUUUUGCGCAACGACCGGGCCGACUUUGUGACAGGUCCGCGACAGCCGCGACAAGUCCUCAAUCAACGACAGUUCAUCACUUCGGCCGUCAUUCGGCACAAUGGAAGGGACGUGAUUCCUUUAUCGGAAGUCUCGUACACGGCGGCAGAAAACACGCACUUGAUUCAGCGGCAGGAUAACUCGGAAGGCGAGCGUCUCAACUCUUGUGGGACUCUCGAGAAAUCAAGUUUGCUGCUCGAUUCGCCUCAGCAGCAACGUAUUUUGGUUUCUAGUGACACAUCAAUAAGCAACGGCACAGCGGCGUGGAUCUCAAGUCAAGGACAUCUUGUAACCGUAUGGACUUCUUCAUCAGCGACACCGUUAUCGACCGCAGCUCGAGACGAUGGCAACCAACAUUCGAUGAACCUCAUCAAUGCUCGGAUGCACAUUAGACGGAAUCCCUCCACUGACGUGUGCGCCGAUGCGAGUAAAAUCCACCAAACCAUCGCCGAAACCAUAACCUAAUUACGAAGUAGUAUUAGAAAUAUACAGGAUUUUAACAGCCAAUUACUUGACCGACGGACAAAAAAAAACUGAUUUACACAGUCACGAGAGAACUUGUAAGCCAACGUCGUAAUGAUGGUUCUCCCCUUUUUUUACGCGUUGCAGUUAAACAGCAUUGGGUUCUCUUACAGCCAUUUGGUAGAUGAACUGUCAUUAAAUUUUAAUUGUGCGUUUAUCUGCUCAAAUGUUUUCGGAUCCACUUGUCUUCAAUUACCAUCUCCAUGACGAAUUGCACGAACAAAACAAAAAAAAACGGUCCCCGAAAUGGAUCAUUUCUUCCGUUUGCAAAUUGGCCAUUGACUUAUUAAAAGGUUCCGUUUUUCGCGUAAUGGUGAACACGAGCAGUAUGGUACGUCGAACCCACUGGGUGGUGUGAUGGAUGUACUUACUUUACUAGAAAUAGUUUAUGUGUAUAUGGCACUGGAGGAUCCUUGUUCCUGUGUCUUUUUGUACCUCAUCUAAUGCUAUUCAUCCAUGUUUCUUUAAAAACGAAGGCGUCGAGUAAACCAGAGACGUGAUCGUCUUGUUAUUGUGUAUCGGGACAAAGCAGCUGCUCGUUAUUACUCCGACAAAUCACAAAGUCUGGCAGUAGAAUAAAAUCUGUGACUUUAUCGAAGACUCCAUUCUCUUUGAGCAAUUACUUGGGCCGAAAAGAAGUCAAGCUAGACAUCAUACGAUUAGGGCCGCAUAAAUACCAGCUGGCUCAAUUGCCUACCUAAAAGUACGUGCUGCACCCAAUUAUAGAAGGG